CCGGGCGGAGCCGCGGGGGGCACCAUGAUCAUUGAGAACGUGGACGCCCUCAAGACCUGGCUGGCCAAGUUACUGGAGCCGAUAUGUGAUGCAGACCCUUCAGCCUUAGCUAACUAUGUUGUGGCAUUAGUCAAGAAAGACAAACCAGAGAAAGAGCUGAAGGCUUUCUGUGCUGAUCAGCUAGACGUCUUUCUGCAGAAAGAAACUUCUGGUUUUGUAGAUAAACUAUUUGAAAGUCUGUACACAAAGAACUACCUUCCUUCCCUUGAACCAGCAAAACUAGAACCGAAGCCCGCAGGUCAGGAAAAAGAAGAAAUUAAAGAAGAGGUAAUAUUAACGUCCCAUCCACCUGCUGCUAUAUUUCAAGAGUCGUUUGAGGAAGAACGAGAUGGCAGGAAAAAGAAGUAUCCUAGCCCACAGAGAAACCGUUUAGAUUCUAAUGAACAAAGAACCAGAGAGAAAAAGAGAGAUGAUGGCAAAUGGAGAGACUAUGACAGAUACUAUGAUCGGAAUGAUUUAUAUAGAGACAAAUACGACUGGCGAAGAGGCAGGAGUAAAAGUCGUAGUAAAAGCAGAGGAUUAAGCCGAAGUCGUAGCCGCAGCGGGGGUAGAAGCAAAGACCGGGAUCUGAACAGAAAUAUUGCGGAACACAAGGAGAGAGCAAAAUUCAAGAGUGAAAGGAAUGACAUGGAGAGCUCAUAUAACCCAGUGUCUUUGUCAUCCAGUAAUUCUACUGAACAGUAUUCCUCUGCGCAGUCUAUUCCCAGUGCUGUUACUGUGAUUGCACCUGCUCACCAUCCUGAGAACACAACAGAGAGCUGGUCAAAUUAUUAUAACAAUCAUAGUGUUCCCAAUUCAUUUGGCAGAAAUCCUCCGCCUAAAAGACGAUGUCGAGAUUAUGAUGAGCGAGGAUUUUGUGUACUUGGCGACCUUUGCCAGUUUGAUCAUGGAAAUGACCCUUUAGUAGUAGAUGAAGUUUCAUUGCCAAGCAUGAUUCCUUUUCCACCACCACCCCCAGGGCUCCCCCCUCCUCCUCCUCCUGGUAUGCUAAUGCCUCCAAUGCCAGGUCCAGCUCACAAUAUGAGAAUGCCAGGCCCACAGCUACAUCCUCGGCCACCACCUCCUGUCGUGCUUCCUGUAUCAAGACCACCUUUAACACAGUCAAGUUUAAUGAAUAACCGUGACCAGCCUCGGACAAGUGCAGUGCCCAAUCUUGCACCAGUGGGAGCAAGACUACCUCCUCCUUUACCCCAGAACCUACUCUAUACAGUAUCAGAACAUACGUAUGAGCCAGAUGGUUAUAACCCUGAAGCACCUAGUAUUACCAGUGCUGGUAGAUCUCAGUACCGACAGUUCUUUACUAGAACACAGACACAGCGUCCAAAUCUGAUUGGCCUAACAUCUGGGGAGAUGGAUACAAAUCCAAGAGCGGCCAACAUUAUCAUCCAGACUGAAACUCCCAUUUCCAUUGCAAAUAACAGCAGCAAUGUAACCAGAGUGGUGCUUGAGCCAGACAACAGGAAAAGACCUCCAAGUAGCAUGGAAGGGCCCUCUGUAAAGAAGCCCUGGAUGGGAAAGCAAGCCAAUAACCAGAAUAAACCAGGAUUUCUGAAAAAGAAUCAGUACACUAACACCAAGCUGGAAGUUCGAAAAAUCCCACCUGAGUUGAAUAAUAUUACACAACUCAAUGAACAUUUCAGCAAAUUUGGAACUAUUGUUAACAUUCAGGUUGCUUUCAAGAAUGAUCCUGAAGCUGCUCUAAUUCAAUAUUUAACUAAUGAUGAGGCCAGAAAGGCCAUUUCCAGCACAGAGGCAGUUUUAAACAAUCGAUUUAUAAGGGUGCUGUGGCAUAGGGAAAACGAGCAGCAGCCACCACUGCUGCAGCAACACCUGCACCAUCACCAGCAGCCACCGCCACAAUCUAUGCAUCACCAGCUUCAUCUUCAACAACAAACGCUGACUGCCCAACCUCCAGCUGCAACGGUACAUAGCAAUGUGUCAAAGGUGAUAACUAAACCACUGGCAUCGGGUGCCUAUGUCCUUAAUAAGGUUUCGGUUAAACGUCGCCUUGGAGCAGCAGGUGGAAACCAGACAGAUGGAGCACAUUUGUUAAACCAGUCCAGUGCUACUGCAGAGGAUUCUCAGACAUUUCCUACUUCUGCAAGCCAUACAAAAAUGGUGUACAAUUCCCCAAACUUAAAGACAUCUGUGAAAUCUGGCACAGGAUCUAAAUCCCAUGAUGUUCAAGAGGCCCUUAAAAAGAAACAGGAGGCAAUGAAGCUACAACAAGAUAUGAGAAAAAAGAAGCAGGAGAUGUUAGAAAAACAAAUAGAAUGCCAAAAGAUGUUGAUAUCUAAGCUGGAAAAAAAUAAGGCCACGAAACCAGAGGAGAGGGCAGAAAUAAUGAAGACCUUGAAAGAACUAACAGGAAAAAUCUCUCAAUUAAAGGAUGAAUUGAAAACUUCUUCUGUAGCCUCCACGCCAUCAAAAUUGAAGUCCAAGACAGAGGCACAAAAGGAGCUUUUAGAUGCAGAACUGGACUUUCAUAAAAGAUUGUCUUCUGGAGAAGAUACAACAGAGUUGCGGAAAAAGCUCAGUCAACUACAGGUUGAGGCUGCCCGUUUAGGUAUCUUGCCUGUAGGUCGAGGGAAGGCGGUAUCUGCUCAGGGCAGAGGAAGAGGACGAGGUCGUGGUGGGAGAGGAAGGGGCACAUUGAAUCAUAUGGUGGUGGAUCACCGCCCCAAAGCUCUAACUGUCGGUGGCUUCGUAGAAGAGGAGAAAGAUGAAUUAUUACAACAUUUCUCUAAAUUUGGAGAUAUUGAAGACCUCCAAGAAGAGGAUUCUCCUUUAAGUGUCAUUCUGACUUUUAAGUCCCGCUCAGAAGCUGAAAAUGCUGCUAACCAAGGAUUAAGAUUCAAAGACCGAAGACUACAGAUAUCGUGGCACAAACCUAAGGUACCGUCUGUGUCCACAGAAAUUGAGGAAGAGGAGUCCAAGGAAGAGGAGACUGAAACCUCAGAUUUAUUUUUGCAUGAAGAUGAUGACGAUGAUGAUGAAGAUGAAGAUGAAUCCCGUUCUUGGAGAAGAUGAAACUUGAUUUGGAAUUGUAUAGUUUUAGGAAUAUAGUUUGAACUACAACUUUUAAAAAAUUAUUUAAGAAAGUUGAUGAGCCAAAAAAAAUUAUUUUAUUUUACUUUUCAAAACACACAGUAGAUUUCAAGUGAGAACAAGUUUGUGAUAUGAACAUGACAGAUACUUAGCUGUGAUACUAGGUCAGCCAAAGGCCCAAUGACUUUUUACAGAGUUAUAAAGAUCAUCAGUGAUGGUAGUCCUCCUAUAAAGAAGAAACUUAUCAAUAUUGUCAAGCCCUUUUUUCAUGCCACCUGUAUUAUCUUGUUUUUUAAUGCUUUGAUUUAUUAGAUAUAAAUGAAAAAAUGUUACAGGUUUUAUUUAGUAAUAUUAUAGGGUUGCAGGAGAGAGCUGCAGACACAAUUUUCAUUAAAUGUCAAUUGCUUCAUGUUUGCUAACUCAAAAAGGGUAGCAUUUUAUUACAUGUGAAGUCAGCUAUUGUAGGAAAUAUUUGUGUCUGAAUUCAUUUUUUUGCUUCAUGACCUGUCUUGAGAGCCACACACAACUUUAGUGUAGAAGACCCCAACUUUUCUGCAUUCUAGUGUUUUGUCUUCUGUUUCCUCUUGCAUACUUUAACAGGGAAUUAGUAUGAUACUGCCUGGUACUAGUUCACUGUAAAUUGCUUUAAAUCCUGUUUCACUGUGAAACAUUAGCAGUGACACUGAUACCUGUGUCAUUAGCAUAUUGUUUCCAUUCUUUCACUGUCAGUGUCAAUUCCUUCUUACAGUUUGGAUACAAGAUUCAAGCUUAAUCCAGGCUGUUGAUUUAUUGCAUUGUCAGUAUUGGUAAAUGUCAAUCCUGUUAAACUGUAUAGAGUUCUAAAACAAACAACCAUGAGACCCCUCUUCUCUCAUCUCCGCAAUGUGACCAGGUCUGUCACUUUUAUUAAUAUUCGGGCCAAACCCAUACAGUGUUCAGAGCAAGUUUUAUUGUUUUUUGGCCCAGGGAAGGUCAAUAUCCUAUUAUACUAAACCAGCACUUUAAGUGAUAUGAUUCUUAAGACUAGUGUUUAAAACUCACUUUAGGAAAACUAUUUGUAUUUAUAUCUUAAAGUGCAGUUUAGUUUAAAAGCAGGUAAAACAGACACUAUGAAAUUUUCAAUUGCCUUUGUCUUUAUACCACUUUAAAACAAAAAAGCACCAAAAAAAGAAAUGGUGGUGAUUUUGGUAGAAAUGGGGCUCAGAAGUUUAGACCCUUAAGAGCCAUAGAUCUUCAUAACUCUGUUAUGUGGGUCUUGCUGUUCAUGAGCAUAAAUACAUUAUCCAGUAGGCUUUUUCCUUCACUCUAUAGGCAUCUGUACUGUACGCUUUGUACAAUUGGAGUUAUCUGGUAUGUAAGUAGCCAUGUAAAGUAGUGUCUUUGCGUUCUGAAUGUCAGUUUGAAAGAGCAGAGCAAACACUCUCUUACCAACUGCUGGGAUUCUAAACAGCUUAUUAUAUACAUGUACCAAAUGCAUACAUUCUUGGCUUUAGAAAUCAUAUAUUGCUUUCAGAUAUUUAGCACACCAGAAUAUUUGGCAACUGGUUCCUGAUUCAAAAUAAAUACAACAUGUACCAGAAAUUUUAAUUUAGGCUGAACAUAGCUAGUUACUUGAAGUCAUGUUCUUUCAGGUUGCCCCUUGUACUCUUCCUCUCCAUUUGAGUAUCUUUUUGCUGUGGUAAUAUGUAAAAGAAGCCAAAACUUUAUCGCUUUGAGUUUCGGUGUCAGUUGGAGGGAAUAUGUCCUUCAAUAUUUCCCCCCUUCAUAUUAAGACUUCCAUUUUCUAAUUAAAUACUACAUUCCUACUACUGCUGAGUUUAAAUUAAAUUUAUGAAGGAAUGAUGAAAAAACAUUAAUACUUUGAAACUAGAAAAAUAAUCCUUGCUCUUCUCCCACCAUCUCUAAUAUUUUCUUAAUGUCUGUGGCUCAGUGUAUAUUUUGAAAGAUCCAUUACAGCAAAUGUUUUGAGUCCUGGCAGUUUAAAAAAUGAUAGAGGGAACAAAGGAUUUAUAUAUUUUUUUUGUACAGAGUUUUUUCUUAAACUGUAUAAUUUUGUAAAUAUUUUGCUUUUUGUGUACUAAAACUACCAGCGUAUAGAUUUCAAUAAGAAUUGUUGUAUUUUUGUAUUUGGAAACUAAAGAUUACAGUGAAAGAAUGAAGCUGUAAGGCAGUGUUUUUCUCAAACUGGGGUCACCGCUUGUGUAGGGAAAGCCCCUGGCGGGCUGGGCCGGUUUGUUUACCUGCCCCGUCCGCAGGUCCGGCCGAUCGCGGCUCCCACUGGCCCCGGUUCACCGCUG